AUGGCGACGCUUACAUUUUCAAACCCUGUGUUCGAAUUAACUUCGCCGCACUCUUCAGCGGCCUCUAAUUCUGCCGGAUUUUCACCAUUGCUUUCCAAAAAUGCGCGUGGUGGUAAUGCUAUAACCUUCUCCAGGUCUGGCCGGAAAAGUUUAUACUGUUCCAAACGGCAUCGGAAUGCGGUUUAUUGCUCGUUUAUACCUGUGGACACUGCUAAAAUUAAGGUCAUCGGCGUCGGUGGUGGUGGUAACAAUGCUGUCAAUCGCAUGAUUGGCAGCGGUUUACAGGGAGUGGACUUUUAUGCCGUAAAUACAGAUGCUCAGGCUCUGUUGCAAUCUGCGGCUGAGAACCCCAUUCAGAUUGGAGAGCUUUUGACUCGUGGACUUGGUACAGGUGGCAAUCCACAAUUGGGCGAGCAGGCUGCAGAAGAGUCGAAAGAAUCAAUUGCAAAUGCCCUCAAUGGAUCAGAUAUGGUGUUUAUAACUGCUGGGAUGGGCGGUGGUACGGGUUCUGGUGCUGCCCCUGUUGUAGCACAGAUAGCAAAGGAAGCUGGAUAUCUUACUGUUGGUGUUGUGACCUAUCCUUUCAGCUUUGAAGGGCGCAAAAGAUCAUUGCAGGCUCUUGAAGCAAUUGAAAAGCUCCAGAAGAAUGUGGAUACACUAAUAGUGAUUCCAAACGACCGUCUACUGGAUAUUGCUGAUGAGCAGACUCCACUUCAAGAUGCAUUCCUUCUAGCAGAUGAUGUGCUCCGUCAAGGUGUCCAAGGGAUAGCCGAUAUAAUCACCAUCCCUGGUUUGGUGAACGUGGAUUUUGCAGAUGUUAAGGCAGUCAUGAAGGACUCUGGUACUGCUAUGCUUGGAGUGGGUGUCUCCUCCAGUAAGAACCGCGCAGAGGAAGCAGCCGAGCAAGCAACUUUGGCACCACUGGUCGGCUCUUCUAUUCAAUCCGCUACUGGAGUUGUGUACAAUAUAACCGGAGGGAAGGAUAUAACCCUGCAAGAAGUAAAUAGGGUGUCACAGGUGGUUGUUACGAGUUUAGCAGAUCCUUCGGCAAACAUUAUUUUUGGGGCUGUUGUGGACGAGCGCUACAAUGGAGAAAUACAUGUCACGAUAAUUGCAACUGGUUUCACUCAGUCGUUUCAAAAGACUCUUCUGACCGACCCACGUGGAGCAAAGUUAGCCGAUAAUAACAAGUCCAAGUCCACUGGGAGACUAGACAGCCUGAAAUCACCACUUAUUCUCAAUUCAUCGAAAUCUCCUGUCACUAAUCCUCAGGCGCCUCCUCGACGGCUCUUCUUUUAG